GCCAUGGGGACUUACGUACGGGUACGUAACGGGUUGGGUUGCUGGGGAUGGAUGGAUGCCAUGCGACGUGGGUGGAUCAAUCAUCGAUCGGGGUCGUACCUAUACGGUAUAGGUAUGACCAUGGACUCUCUCUCUGACUUCAGGGUUGCCCGGCGGGCUGCCAUCCGGACCCCUCGAUGGCGGACAUUGAAAUAGCCUCGUUUGCCCCCUCGUUGGGUUGAUUUUGUCUUCAUCUUCAUCUUCAUCUUCAUCUUUCUCUCUUGCAUACACUGCUCUCCUGCUGCUGAAGCUGUACUAUCGCACAUACUUUGCUCUCUUCUUUAACUAUACCACCUCACAUCAUCAAUCAUGGGUUCCACACUUCCUCAGACCAUGAAGGCUCUUCGCUAUGAGAAGCCCGAGACGCAUAGCAUCGUUGACGUCCCUCUGCCUGAGCUCCGUGACAACGAUGUCUUGAUCAAGGUCAAGGCCUGCGGUGUCUGCGGAACCGAUCUGCACAUCCACGAGGGUGAAUUCAUUGCCAAGUUCCCUCUUGUCCCUGGUCACGAAACCGUCGGUGUUGUUGCUGCCGUCGGCCCCAAGGUCAAGAACUUCGAUAUCGGCGACCGCGUCGUUGCCGACAACUCCGAGCUGUGCGGCGAGUGCUUCUACUGCCGUCGUGGUGACGAGCUGUUCUGCGAACACUUCGAGGCCCAUGGUGUGACCAUGAACGGUGGUUUCGCUGAAUACUGCGCCUACCCUGCUGGCAGGGUCUUCAAGAUCAAGAACCUCUCGGACGUGGAUGCCACGCUGUUGGAGCCUGCUUCCUGCGCCGCGCAUGGUCUGGACAAGAUUGCCCCGAAGAUGGGCUCGUCGGUGCUGCUGUUCGGUGCUGGUCCCACUGGUCUGAUCCUUGCUCAAUUGCUCCGCCAAUGCGGUGGCUGCCGCGUGGUGGUCGUCGCGCCGGAGGGUCUGAAGAUGGACCUGGCCAAGUCCCUGGAUGCGGGUGACGAGUACAUCGCGCUGUCGCGUCAGGACCCCAGCGCGCAGUUCCAGAAGCUGAAGGACGAGAACCCGUACGGAUUCGACAUUGUGGUCGAGGCCACUGGUAGCGUCAAGAUCCUGGAGGACUCGAUUCACUAUGUCCGGAGGGGUGGUAAGCUGGUCGUGUAUGGCGUGUAUGCCAACAAGGACCGUGUCUCCUGGCCCCCGAGCAAGAUCUUCGGCGACGAGAUCACCAUUCUGGGCAGCUUCUCCGAAGUGUACAAGUUCCCUGCUGCGAUCGACUACCUGGAUUCGGGCAAGGUCAAGGUCAAAGGCAUUGUCAACAAGACAUUCAAGAUUGAUCAGUGGGAGGAGUGCUUGGCGGCGAUGAAGAACAAGUCGGCCAUUAAGGCGGCGAUCACUUUUGAUUAG